AUGGAGCUGACGCAGGACACGGACAAGGGCCACGAAGCGUCCAUGAACUUGCGCCCGAAGACGAUGUUUGCGAUGAAGGGCCGCGCGCGGCCGAGCGAGACGGCCGCCGAGAGCUUCCUCCCAACAUGGAACAAGGACAACGAGAAGAGGGCGAAUGGCGACGACCGCCGCAAGGCCAGAGGUAGACAAGCACCCAGCCGGACGAGCACCGACAACAGCACUAUCAGCAGCAACGAUUCCGUGCUGCGGUACACGCGCGAAGAGCUCCUUGCACUGCACGUCGUGAGCACGACGCCGCCCGACCUUCCGGAGGGCACGCCCGUCAUUUCGCCGGACGCCCUUCCGCCCGUCGGCAACCUCCCGUUCGACUAUGAAGAAAUCUACAAGCAGUGGGCGCUCAACCGGAACCGGGGCCGCGGCCGCGGCCGAGCGACCGGCGACAACAAUGGCAACAACAACAACAACAACAACAACACGCGGGGCACGACCGGCAACAGCGCCUCGACGCGUGGACGCGCGGGCUCGAUGGAAGACGGCGCGGAGAAGGGUCCUCGCCGGGGAUCGGACGACAUGACGGACCGCGAUGGAGGCCGACGAUGGGGCGAAAAGAAGGGCGACGACCAUUGGGAGCGCGGCGCCAAGAUUGAAAAGGAGAACGACUUGUGGGACGAUGUGGACACGGGCGGCGACACGCUGGACAUGGGACUCUCGGACUUUGCGCAUGCGGCUGAGCAAUUCCGUGCCGAGAUGGACGAGAUGCAUCGGCAGAACGGCACGACGCGCCCGGAAUUCAAGGCCCAGGUGUCGCUCGAAAGCGAAGGGCAGUUUGAAGACAGCGUCGAGGAGGAAGAGGAGCCGCCGAUGUGGGACAUGCCUGCCAAGGCGGACGAGACAAUCGACGAGAUCCCGUCGCUGACGUCGGCGAAUCCGCUGGCGGACCUCGCAGGCAUGUCGUGGAGCAUGCCUUCGGCGCCCGCGCUCCGCGUCUCGCCGCCCGUCGAUGCGUGGUUCUACUUGGACCCGCAGGGAUUGCAGCAAGGCCCGUUCAAGUCGGCCGAGAUGCGCGAGUGGUUCGAAGCCGGGUACUUUAAGCCGCAUUUGCCGAUCCGGUUUGGCCACGAAGGCGACUUCGCGUCGUUGGCCAACCAUUUCCGCCACGGCCAGAUCCCGUUUGCGUCGCUUCCAAGCCCGAACCCGCAAGCCCAAGCCCAAGCCCAAGCCCAGGCUCAAGCCCAGGCCCAGGCCCAGGCCCUCGCGGCCGCAAAGGCACAGGAACAAGCCCGGCAGCAAGCGCUCUUGCAGCAAAAGCAGCUUGAGCAGCAGCACGACGACCUCACGCUCAUCCAGUACUGCGCGACGCUCGACGACUCUGGCGAGAUCCGCGAGACACUGGCCGCCAACCUUGGGUCCACGCCCAAGGUCUCGGCGUUUGCGACCGAGUUUAUCAACAAGAAGCUGGCGCUGCAGAAGCAGGCCAAGUCGACGCCCCGCCGCAAGAAGAAGGGCGACGAGUAG